AUACCCAGCUUGCCCCGCGGCGCUGUUUCGGGUUCAUGUUCAUGUUCAUCUUCGUUCUACCGCUACCGCCAUCAUCACGAAAAGCGACAGUGAGAGAGGUUGAUUUACAUCGGUGUUUCUUUCGCGUGUCGAGUUACGUCCUAUCGCAAGCUGUACAAAUGAAGAUGGUGGAUAAGAUUGAAAUGAGUCUGGAUGAUAUUAUCAAACAGACCAAAGGGUCUAGGGCGCGCGGUGGCGGCGGCGGCGGUGGUGGUGGCGGCGGCAGACGCGGCAGAGGCGCCGGCAGCUCACCCCGUCGAGGAGCACGUAGGGCACAGAGAGCCGGUGGUGGCGUCAUGCGAGGACGCAAUCGCGGUGGAAUUGCACGCAGCUCUCUACCAUACACGAGGGGUGAUGUAAACAGUGCUUGGAAACACGACAUGUUUGACGGUGUAAAAAAGGUUGGUCGUGGUGCAAUAGGCAAUGCAGGGACAACCAAACUUUUGGUGUCAAAUCUUGAUUUUGGUGUAUCAGACUCAGACAUACAGGAAUUAUUCAGUGAAUUUGGACCUUUAAAAUCAGCAGCGGUACAUUAUGAUAGAUCAGGUCGAUCUCUAGGCUCUGCUGAUGUCAUAUUUGAAAGACGGGCGGAUGCUAUUAAAGCAAUGAAGCAAUAUCAUGGAGUACCGUUAGAUGGUCGUGAAAUGAACAUACAAGUAGCUACUUCCGAACUACCGGUCACUUCUGUCCGUGGUGGUCCGAGACUUAGCGGUGUUAAUUAUACACAAAGACCUCAGACACGUUUUAGAGGAAAUCGUGGUACAGGAUCUGUUAGAGGUCGUGGGAGUGGUCGGCGUGGAGGUAGAGGAGGCAUUCGACAAGCGACAAAGACACCUACGGCCGAAGAAUUAGAUGCAGAACUGGAAGCUUAUGUGAAAGAAGUCAAGUAACAACGUCACAAAAUUCUGCUGUAUUCAGAUUUGGUUCAAUCUGACUAACACGAUACACAUAUUGUUGCUCUUUCUUUCAUCAAGUAUACAGUUAUAAAUACAAUCCUAUUAAGAUUUAGUAAGAUAAAAGUUAUAAAAAAAAUUUAACUUAGUUUUUAUUUUUGACGAUUCUCUCGAAAAUUGGCACAGCAAAUUUCACAAAAUCUUUGCGAACUCAUCAUUCGUAGAAGUUUAUAGAUUUUUUUAAUGAAUAAUAUAACAAUAUAAUAUAACAAGAAGUGAAAAAAAAAAGAACAUACCUAUGAUUGUAAAGACUGUAUGAAUUUGUAUGUACUACCGUGCGUGUGUGUUCACCAGAUGAAAAAUACAAUGAGAUACAUCUCGAAAA